AAAGGUGAGCUCGGCUGCCAUCCAAGCAGCAGGGACCGACCUGGUCGACUUUGGCUCAACACCUAUCGACUCUCCAGCAAUCGACACUUCUAUCACUGUCCUGUUGCAAGAGGUUGACUUCAUCAGAAACGACAACAGUGUGAAUAUGACUGACAUAGCCACAGAUGACAGCAAAUACCUCUUCCUUGAAAAUGAUGUUCGCAGCAGCGGUCUCGCUCAAGCGGAUUGGGCAGCCAAGAAGAUGGCGUGGGUGCCAUCGGAGAGGGAGGGCUUCGAGCAGGCCAGCAUCAAGGAGGAGCAGGGUGACGAGGUAGUGGUGCAGCUGUCCAAUGGUCAGAAAGUGAAGGUCAACAAGGAUGACAUCCAGAAGAUGAACCCACCCAAGUUCAGCAAGGUGGAGGACAUGGCUGCUCUCACCUUCCUCAAUGAAGCUUCUGUCCUGCACAAUCUGCGAGAGAGAUACUACUCCAGCUUAAUCUAUAGAGAGCCAGGGGAGUCAGAGGAAGACACAGAGGAGGACGAGGAGUUUCGGGUUCGUGGAGGACGCUUUGGAAGGGGAGCAGGAAGAGGACGGAGGACGAGGACAGGUUGA